UAUUUAAAAUGUUUUAAAGAAAGAAAGUUCUCAAUGAUAGUUGCUUAUUCCUCAGUGCGUAUAUUUAAAUAUAAUAAUUUAUAUUUACACUUAAUUAUUUUAAUGAUUUAACAAUGCAACAUUUAUAUACUAGUGAAAAAGCUUUUAAACUUUUAAAUGGUGUAGUCUGUUUAUAUAAACCUUCUGGAGUAUCAUUAAGAUCAUGUCGUCAUAAUUUGCUUCUUAAACUAUGCAAAGAUUUAAAUUCUUUAGAAGUUAGACCUCCUGAGGAUCGUGUUGUUAUAACAGGAGAUACAACAAAGGAGUUGAAAGUAAAUAUUGAACCUAGUUAUGCAGAUAACAUUCUUGUAGUUGGUCCUAGAUACCAAAGUGAAGACUUUAAAUGUAUAUGGGCCACACAUUUAGCUUCUAGAAUAUCAGGAGUAAUUAUUAUGGGUAUAAAUAGUGGAACGAAAAUGGUGUAUCAACUAGAUCAUAACUAUCCAAUCCGAACUUAUCAUUUACAUGGUCAAUUAGGAUUAAUGACAAAAAAUAUGUUCAUUGAUGGUAAAGUAGUUGAAAAAGGACGUUAUGAUUUUAUAAAACGUGAGAAUGUGGAUAAACUUAUGUCUACAAUACAAGCAUCUAGUCAAAAAAAAAUGUUUGAAUUAGCAGGAGUGGAUUCUCAAAGUCAAACAGCAUAUGAACUAGCAGAAAAAGGCCUUAUCAGACCUUCUACUAAUAAAGAACCACUUAUUUAUGGAAUUAAUUGCAUCAAGUUAGAAUUACCUAAUUUUGUUUUAGAAGUAAACAUUAUUAAUGAAUAUGAAAACUAUCUACUAUCUUUAGUUCAUGAAAUUGGAUUAAAGUUAAGGUGUUCUGCUACUUGUACUGCAAUACGUUGUAUAAGGUAUUCAGCUUUUAAUAUUGAACAAGCACUGUUAAAUAAACAUUGGAAUUUAGAAUAUAUUUUAAAAAACAUGAAGGAAUGUAAUGCAAUGUAUAAAAAAUUAUACAAAUUACCAUCAUUUCUUACAAAUACGUCUUUCCUAAUACAAAAAAAUAAACGUAUAUCUACCUAACUAGCUAAGGUAUUUGAUUAUAAGAAUAAAAUUACAAGUAAAUAUUUUUAUUAUUUUAAUAAGUGGUAAUUAUAUAUUUAAAAGUUGUAUACGUGAAAUAUUUUUAUUUAAUAUUUUUGUAAUAGAAACUUGAUUUGUCCUUAACUGUUGG